AAGAAGCAAUCGGCAGCAGUGGAUGCUGCGUACACACCUCAUCCUAAGAAGAAACGAAGGUAGCAAAGCAGCAGUGUUUCUGAAUGGUAACGAUAAUGUAAUGGAUUUUGUGGCUUCGUUUUAAUUCUGGCUAUGGCGGCAUUGUUGCUCCUCCCCUCGUUGUUCACAGGCGUAGAUUGUCUCAGGUCUGUGAGCCAGCGCCGGAAUGGCAGGCCCAUUGCCAUUGGCAGGAGGGAACCGAGGAAGCGGGAAACUGUGGCAUUUGCUUCAGGGAAUGGGAGCGCUGGAAAGCGAGCCGUGGACGACAUGGAACAAUACUUGGAAGAUUUGUCGCUGGAAUACGAGAGCGUUUGGGAUACAAAGCCUGCCUGGUGCCAGCCUUGGAGCAUUGUAGCCACAGGAAUGCUGACGAUUGGAGCGUCUUGGCCAGUUUUCCACUCCAUUCCGGUUACUUCUUUCGUCACCUUGGUGAUCGCAGCAUGGUGGUUUGUGUUCCUCUACUCGUAUCCACAGGCAUACACACAGAUGAUCGCGGAGAGGCGAAAGAAAGUCGAGGAUGGCGACGAGGAUACAUUCGGCAAUCCACAGUGACUUUACAAAGGCUUCAUACUGUUUCCUUGGCGGUCUCACCGUCUUUAGCGCUACUCUCGGCUGUAAGUGGUGCAUCUCCUGCACAGGAGUCCUUGACGUCUUUCAUUAU